AUGAGUGCAAUGCUGCCAUUCCGGGACAUCAACGUCCAUGCCUCCUCAACAUAUUACGCCUUUUCGUCUCCAUCGUCACCAAAUGCCCCAACUCUUGUCAUUGAUCGACCUUCUGGUGACCUGAGGCUCAACGAUGGCAACAUCACUGGUGGCCAUCGAGUCUCAAGCAUUUCAGGAAUUCUUGGCAUUAUCAAAUUACGCCUAGACAGCUAUGUCAUCACAAUCACCAAGUCCCAGGCAGUUGGUCGGAUCAAGGGCCAUCAAAUCUACAAAGUCGUCUCGACCGAAUUCAUGCCAAUGCGAGAGAGACAGCUCACGGAUCCGGACGAGCAGACCUACCUCACGUACUUGAAAACUCAGCUGAAGACCAGCCCGCUGUACUUCUCCUACUCCUUCGACCUGACCAACAGCUUUCAGAGACAGGCACAAGGCGAUGCGAAUCAGCCGCUGUGGCAACGAGCAGACGACCGCUUUUUCUGGAACCGAUUCGUGUCUACUUCGCUCAUCGACUUCCGGGAAGGCAAGACAUCUGGUCGCAUCUCUGGUGGUGCUCAGCCGAGUGUGGACGCGUAUAUUCUGCCGGUCAUGUUCGGCAUGCUGAGCAUCACCAACACUUCGAUCAAGGGCAAUGCUAUGACCUUCACGCUCAUCACGAGGAGAUCCCGGCAUCGAGCAGGCACACGAUACAUGUCUCGUGGCCUAGACGAUCAAGGCCAUGUAUCUAACUUCAACGAGACUGAGCAGUCUGUCAUCCUCAAUGACAGCACUUCUAGUGGCAUGACCAGCUUUGCGGGCGACCAAGGCUUCACAAAUGGUAAGCCUGUUGGCGGUCGUGAGACACAAGUGCUUGCCUAUGUGCAGACACGAGGUAGCGUGCCAGUCUUCUGGGCUGAGGUGAACAACAUUCGCUACGUCCCGAUACUACAAAUCAGAGGCGUCGAGUCGGCGCAGGAAGCAACACGCCACCACUUUGACGAACAGAUCAGCCUGUAUGGUGAGAAUUACCUUGUCAACCUUGUCAACCAAAAGGGACGCGAGAAGCGUGUGAAGGAGGCCUACGAAGAAGCAGUGCGACUACUGCAGUCUACAUCCGUUGAGGAGAAGGAGUCUGGCCGCAAGACGAACGAGCGCUUCAACGUGAUCGAGCCUGGCGACAAGACUAGCUGGUAUGACCAUCUACACUACGUCUAUUUCGACUUUCACAACGAGACCAAGGGGCUGAAGUGGCAUCGUGCUCAACUACUCCUCGACCAACUCAAAGACGGCUUGACAACAGGAAGCUACUUCCAUGGUAUCGACAUGCCAGGCGGUGGUAUUGACGUGCGCCGAAAGCAGACCGCAGUCGUACGCACGAAUUGCAUGGAUUGCCUCGACCGCACAAAUGUGGUCCAAUCCAUGCUCGGCCGCUGGAGUCUGACCCGCCAACUCAUUGACCUCGGACUCCUUCGACCAGGUGAGACAGCAUCAGAUGACCAAACCUUCGAGCACCUCUUCCGCAACGUUUGGGCGGACAAUGCCGAUAUCGUGUCCCGCUCUUACUCCGGCACUGGCGCACUGAAGACAGACUUCACACGAACAGGAAACCGUACACGAGCUGGCGCACUUCAGGAUCUGAACAACAGUAUCACUCGCUACGUCUCCAACAACUUCUCCGACGGCCCAAGACAAGACGGCUUCGACCUCUUCCUUGGCACUUACCAACCCGACAGCGCGGCUAUAGGCCUCGGGCAGCAAUUCGCAGAUAGGAGACCGCUGGUUGUGCAGGCCGUGCCGUACGUCCUCGGCGUCUGCGUCUUCUUCGUCGCGAUCAGUGUCAACUGGCCAAAACUCAACACGCCCAAUUGGGCCGUCGAGGCGUACGAGGAUACUCUCAACAGAGUCCGCAAGGAUCCGAUUGUUGGCAGUUUUAUCGGUGGUAAGAAUGCUGCUGGUCUUGGUAAUUUGGAGGAGGGCAAGAAGAGGCGGGAGUGA